AGCCCCUCGAAUACACGCCCGAUUCAUCACCCGACCUAGAGAGCACUACAACGAUACGUUGCAUAACAAAAUGGAUCAGACUAUUCCUCCAAAACGAAGCGCUGAGGAGAUUUGGCUGAGCCGGUCAACUCUUGCCCUGACGGAAGCCAAAAAUCAUCCACCUGCCAAUGCCUAUUCAGGUCGUAGUGUAAAAAUCAAUGGUGGAAAGCUCGCCGAAGGAUAUCGUGUUCUCGAUACUAUUCUCGGACGGAACAAAGUCCGAGUCCAGUUGAGGCGGGCAGAAAGGCACGAGAAGAAAGGCGUAAAACGUCGACGACUCAGCAGUGAGCGGUGGAGGAAACGGUUCGCUCACGAAGUCAGGAAGAAGGUCGAGUUGGUGAUAAAAAUUCGAAACCGCGGAGCAUGAUGUCCUACCUUUUCCUCCUCUUUCAUUUGUCUAUUUUCAGCACGUAUAGAUGGAAACAUAACAAACAAUUG